GGCUGAUUGAGCAUAGGAUGAUCAAUGUAGGCGUCUUCAGUGUAGUACCUGUCGAUGUUCUGUGCGAUGACGACAGGUGAGGCGGGCUCGACCAGCGAUCUGACAACGUCGUAGAUGUCGUUCCUCGGAUUCUCCAUGAUUGAUAGCGAGACUUGGGUGCGAUCCAAGGACCGCCUAGGCCCGCCGCCGACGCCGACGACGCGAUCAAUCGAUUGCCCGGUCCGGCUCCUGCUCUUGCCUGAGCAUUCUGUCUGUGCAGCAGUCCGUCGCUCGCCGAAGCGACAUGUCAACCUCUUCCGGACUGCCCGCGGGCUUCAGUACCGGCCGCUUUGCUGGAUUGCAAGUACAGGACAGUGGUGACGACGACGACGGCGAGGCGAUCGAAGAGCAGACGCAGAGACAGUCUACGGGCACGGCGAGCGGUGCAGCUACUGCAGCCGUCACGCCCAGCAAAAAAGCCAGAGCCAGAGCACGCAAGGCAGCAGACAAGGCAGCUUCGCUCAAUACUACCCCUGCUGCCACAUCGAGGCAGUCGAAAGCGAAUGGCCCACAAAUAGCUGCCGAAGCGAGGUCUAAUGGCCUUGCUGGAGCCGGCCCACAAACGCCAGCCUUGCCAGGGCAGAAAGACUCUGCCCCCGUAGGCAGAGCAGCAACUGAUGGGGCGCACGAACGAGCUCAGCUUGCGGUGCAACAUCAACAGAUCGCUUCUCCUCAUCUGAACGGUCUCAAGCUUUCCGCGGCUGGCUUGAACGCUCACUCCCGGACGGAUUCGACAACCAGCACGGUAAGGCCCAGCCUGCCGGAUCGGACAGAGACGCUUGAUUCGCUCUACUCCGGCGCCUCAACACCCUGGGGCAUGUCCAGCUCUUCCGUCGUAUCCACGAGUGACGACGAGGCUGACGAGCCAGCAACGGCGCGACCUGCUCGAGACGGUCGGCAUGCCCCCGCAUCGCUCGAGACACGUCAGCUCGAGGCUGCCACACAAGCGUCGGACCGUCAAGUGACGCCUACGAUGGAUAAGCGGGCCGCAGAGCCGACCGCGAAAAUACAGCCGCUGUCUCCAAAGUCUUCAAAGGGGGCCAAGCUUGACACGCCUGGCCAGCAUGGCACUGAUCACGACCCUGCCAAGAAAUGGCAAAGUGUGAUGACGCGCAUCGUCUGGAGCCUCAUCAUGGUCACCAUCUUUAUCACGAUACUGUUGCUCGGGCACGUUUACGUGAUCCUGCUGACCUUUGUUUCGUCGGCUCUCGUCUUUCGAGAGCUGACCGAUCUUUUCGAUGGCGCAUCGUCCUCACACCACCACGAGGGCGAAGGAAGGGAGCGCUCAGCUGCUCAUCAGCGACGGAAAGCAGAGCGAGAGCGUUGGUCGCGGAUCACCGCUUGGUAUUUUUUCAUAUCGACCAACUACUUCCUAUAUGGCGAAACGAUCAUCUACUACUUCAAGCACAUUGUCCUCAUCGAUACUUACUUCAUACCGUUUGCUCGCCACCAUCGAUUCAUAAGCUUCAUGCUUUACGUCAUCGGCUUUGUCGGCUUCGUCGGUGCACUGAAGCGCAACCAGCUGCGUCGCCAAUUUGGACUCUUUUGCUGGAUCCACAUGAGCCUCUUGGUCGUCGUCGUCUCGUCUCACUUCAUUGUCAACAAUAUACUCGAAGGCCUGAUCUGGUUCUGGAUACCGGCCUCGCUCGUCAUCAUGAACGAUGUCGCUGCUUACUUCUUCGGGAUGACGAUGGGUAGGACUCAGCUCAUCAAGCUCAGCCCGAAGAAGACAGUAGAGGGCUUUGUCGGUGCCUUUUUCGCGACAGUCGUCUUCUCCUACUUUUGGGGCACGCUGUUCAUGCGGUUCACAUAUCUCACAUGUCCCGCUACCGAUCUUGGCACAAGCGCGUUCAGUACGAUAACCUGUUCGACGAAUCCUGUCUUCACUUGGCGCGAAUGGCCACUGCCACAAGGGGUCGCAGCAGGCCUUAGCACACUUUUCCGGAGAUCGAUCACCGUUUUGCCUUGGUCACCCUUCCAGCUCCAUUGCCUCGUCAUGGCCGUCUUUGCCUCGCUGGUUGCGCCUUUUGGCGGUUUCUUCGCUUCGGGGUUCAAACGAGCCUUCAACAUCAAAGACUUUGGCGACUCGAUACCCGGUCAUGGUGGCAUCACUGAUCGCAUGGACUGCCAGUUCUUGAUGGGUCUGUUCUCGUACGUCUACUACAGCAGCCUGAUCAGAGAACAUCACAUCAAUGCUGGCACCCUGCUUCAAUCUGCACUGACCGCGCUGACUACUGAAGAGCAAGUCGAGCUCCUGCGGGGCUUGCACAGCUAUCUGAGCGCAAAGGGCGUCGGUAUGGCGUUGUAGAAUCCUAUAGAUGCAACAAGGUCGCGAUCGA